CCUAUUAAGCAUAUGAUUUUCAACACACCAUGUAAUGUUUGCCUAUUUAUACUACAUAACCAUAAGUAGACAAGAACCAUGGGAACAAGACUAACAGGCAUCAUAUGGAAUACAGCAAUGUCUUUAAAUACAAGUUCCAGUAACAGUUUACAAGAAGCAAGCAUCAGACAUAGUAAUCCAUAUUGGGCUUGAUGUUAUAGCAAAGAAUGCAUAAUUACAGAAUAUAGCAAUGCCUAUAUAAAUGCAAGUCUAUGACUGUACCAAUACCAGAUUUUGACAUGAGUGUGUACCAUAAUUUAAGCGGGUAUGAAUCGUAUACUAAAAGAUUUUUCAAGUAACAUGUAAGAGACAGAGCCUAGUAGAUAAAGCUCUCUUUUGUAGAAGAAAUAACAAAAUGAAAGUGAUCAUGGAAAUAUACAGACUGAAACUUACAAUGUAUAUAUAUGGGCAGCAGAUAUGAAGCGCACACUUAAAGAUUUUUCAAGUAACACAACUGCCCACGGCUGGGGGAAUAUCCACCAAAGAACAACAACUUUUAGUAAGAUAAUAUGGAUAAUCAUAUGCUUGGGAUGUACUGGCGUAGCUUUAUGGCAGGUCAUCACCAUAGUGAUGCGAUAUGGCCUGUUUGAAACAAAGGACAGAAUCAAGGUUGAGGUUGGAGAGAUUGUAUUUCCAUCUGUCACAGUAUGUCCUUUAAUUCCAAUACCUCAUGAUGGGAACUUGAAGUUUGGGAGAGAUAUGAAAAAUGGUGAGAUCGAUGGUGAACCUUUUAUUUACUUUGGAUUAGUUUUACGUAGUGAAACUUUUUACAUCAAUAGUAAUGUUUCACAAAAUCUUCAUUCAGAGAAGUUGGAAUUUUACAAUGUGUUUGCCAAACAGAUAUAUUCAAACCAAGGAUAUUUUGAAAAUUUUAAUUUCAUGUCAGAUUACACUCAUCAACUAGGGAAUUUCAUACCUGUAUGUAGUUAUCAAGGAAGACAAUGUUUGCGAUCAGAUUUCCACAUUUUGGAUCAUCCUGAAUACUUUUCAUGCUUUACAUUCAAUGGAGCAAACAAAACUAUUGAUAAUCCUAUUACAAAAAUUACAGGCCCUAAAGGGGGGCUUAGUUUGGUAUUGUAUCUUGAUGUGGGUCAACUUUCAAUGAUAUACACUCCAAGUUAUCCAACCAGUGGGAGUCAAGGUGUACGAGUUGUUAUACAUGAAAAGGGAACACUUCCUGAUCCAGAAAACGAUGGAUUUGAUAUUGAGCCAGGACACUCCAUCAAUGCAGCUUUGUCUGUCAAUGAACGACGUCUCAUGAAACCACCCUGGGGGGAAUGUAAUGAUCAGAAUCCUGAACUUUACAGUGGUUUUACAUAUACAAAAAAGCAUUGUCAGCUGAGUUGUCUUCAGAAAUUCAUCUACAGAACAUGCGGAUGUAUCAAAUCCUCAUUACCGAUCGAUGAAGAAACAGUUUACAAAGAAUAUUGUCUGAAACUACAUGCGAAAGAAUGGGCAAAACUUACAACCAAUCAGUAUAACAAAACAACAAUUGUGAGUGACAUGGAAAAUUUUCGUUGUCAAAAUCGGGAAUUCCUCUCCUCAGAUGUCGAGGUACAAGAUGGUUGUCAAUGCUUGGAAAAGUGUUCAUAUCAAACCUAUGAUAUGACACUUUCCCAGUCAGAAUGGCCAAUGAAGGGUAUAGAAAUAGAAUUUUACUGCCGCACGAUCAUGUCCAUGGACAGUUAUAUCAACUCAAGCAUAUAUGACAGAUUUCAUGAUAUUUUCCCUGAAUAUUGUGAUCAUUCAAAAGAUGAAGACUUACUCACAAAAAUACAAAAAGAAACCUUGCGAGAAAACUUUAUACGCUUAAAUGUGUAUUUCAAAGAUCUCGAGACUAAAAUAACCAAUCAGGUUGAAGAUUUUACUAUCAGCUCAAUGAUCUCAGAAAUUGGAGGCAGUUUGGGAUUCUUCGUUGGUAUGUCCAUCAUAACUAUCGCAGAAAUAAUCUUACUGUGUUGGAAUAUCACUAGUCUAAUUGGAAAGAAGUUUUGUAUCUCACCAACUGAACAAAAAAUCGGAAGUGACGUAAAACAUGCUUGGACAAAUACAAGCUGAAAAUUUGUUUAGACCACUCAAACUUAAACAUAUGUUUGACAUCCCUUCCAUUGUAGAUUGAUGCAAAUUCAGAAAAUAAAUACCCAGUAGUGAGAGUUUAUAAGUGCCCUUUUGGAUUAAUUUAAACCCCUUAUAGAGAUUUUUUACCUCCCACAGCCACUUGACAGGAUGUUUAACAUAUGAUAAACUUUGAAUGCAAAGGAUUAUGUGCGGGAGUUGAUUUGUUAAAGUUUCAUUCAUGUGUGACGGAAAAAUCUUUGUAAAUUAUUCUUCACACUAUAUAUUAAGCAUGAAGACAAAACUUCACCAUUGGGAAACUUCAGAUUUUAUCAUGGUGGCUCUCCAAAAAUCAUUUUAUACAUUAAAUGCCUUUAUAUCUUUGAAAGAGCUACUUACUAGACUAUCUAUUAGUAGUCUUAUACCACAUGCAUUAGUGUGUCUCACAUUUAUAGAUUUUUAAUUGUUAUAAAUGGACAUGAAAUAAUAUGUAAAUAAAAGUCUUUUGGUUUUAUUAAAGUGAA